UGAUAAUGUUUGUACUUGGACAAUAAAAGCAGCCACUUCUAAACAUGUGAUAGUAUUUGAAGUUUUAACGUAUUCUCUGUCACCUCCCCCGGAAAAUAAAUGUUAUGUGCUGUUAUAUGUAAAAGAUACAACCAAUAUUGAUCCAUCGCUUGGAUUAAAGGAGCCCAUUUCAGCUGCAGAUUGCAGUGAUAAAUUUUUACGGUAUUACCAUUCUAAGAAUUCAGCAAUUUCUGUUCAGUUGAUAGAUUCCGCGAAUGUUGCAAUAAACAUGACCUUCAGUUACUAUAGUAUUCCAUUAGGUGAAUUUAAUGCUAAUGGUGCCCUGCCUGUUGGACAUCGACCAUCUUAUAUGAUCUUCAUUGUGCAAGAUGUGAGAAUAGAAAAGAAUAGUUUCCUGUUAGAAGCUGAGUCUGGUUGUAUCAGUGUUUCGUGGUCAUCAGUUAAUUAUCCAAAGAUAUUAGGAAAAUAUUUCGAAGUUUAUGAUGGUAUUAUCUUUACUCAUAACAUAUACUUAAAUAUAUCAAAGGCCAGGUUAGGCAUUCGCAUAUUGUACUCUGUCAGUCGUGCAGGCAGUUCCAGUAAUGCUAAAUUUUUGACAACGGCCAAUCAACGCAGCACAAAAGUCACCGGUUCCAAAAAAAAUAUGUUUAUUAAACUCAUUCGACAACCUUUCUACUACAGUUUUUUCAAUCGAAAGGAUACUUUUUUACUAGAAAUGACAGCAACUGAUCAAUGUGAAAGUUUUGUUAAGAAGUUAGAGGUUCCAAAAAAUCAAUCUUAUAUUACUAUCCAGAGUCCAAACAGGUUUACAAGGACUGUUUCUAGAAAUGCAGUGUAUGAGUAUGAGGUAUCAGCUUCUCGACCUGAUUCUCUUCUCUAUAUACGAGGUGUUGUUAGUGUUAGCGAUGGAUCCUGUAAAAGUAAAGUAGAGUUUUAUAACUCCAAUAACACAUUUUAUGAAUGGUGUAUACUUGAUCACUUUUCUAAGAGGACAUCAUUCAAUAAAAUAGGAUUUACUUUUCAUUUUGAUGAGAAAUCUAAUGUCAGUUAUGAAGUGACAGUGAUAGAAUAUCAAGGACAUAACAGUCCGUCAAGUCAUCAAUGUAAUGAAACACGAACCAUCUACCCUGCAAGAGGAGAGAGUAAAUAUCUCUACAUAAAAAACUAUCCAUCGACUUUCGACUGCUCAUGGUUGUUCAUAGCCCCUACAAAUUACGAGAUACAAUUUACACUACAACAUAUUGAAAUAGAUUCUUUCGAGUGUAUUUCUUCAUUGGAACUUUACAGAGGUAGAGAAUAUUCAUUUAAUAAAGAAAUGUUGCACUAUUGUGGAAAUUCUAAGAGUAUUAUUAGUAAACGAUAUACAAGCAGUGUACUGCUAUUACAUGUUUUAUCAUAUUUUAUAAAUAGUAUUGAUGAUGUUGAAAUAAAAUACGAAGUAACAAGUCCUGCAUUCUAUGUUUUGAAAAAGCAACAAACAAAAACCUUUUACAGGUCAUUAGAAGUUGGGAAUACUAUGUUUUACCGUUUUACCAAGGAAAAAAUAUACUCUCAAUAUAGAAUUGUUUUAAACAUCCAAUGUGAGAAGAAUGUCUCUGAAUAUGGUUUUAUACAAUUUGCCAAUGUGAUAGUGGGAGGUAGAUACUAUAAUAAAUAUAACACGUUGGAUAAAUCUACUACCCUUUAUGGUGUUAACGAUAUUAUUACUAUGGACAUAUACAGGACUAAAACGUCUAGCUUAAAAGUGGACUAUAUGUUAGAAGACAUCGAUAACGGAUAUUAUGUAUAUAUAAACGGAUAUGGUGUACGUGAUUUUACUAGUGUUCACAGAAUAGAGUUUUCGUCUGAUUCACCACUAUCAGAAUCUGGUGGUGCUUUGAUUAAAUAUACCAGGAAACCGCUCCCUUCAUAUUCAAGUAAAGGUUCGGGUUCUUCAGUUGCACUGACAGGAAGUUUGAUUGCAGUAGGAAUUAUUUUAGUGAUAUGUUUUGUUACAUUAUGUUUUGCCUGUAAACGGAAAAACACCAAUUAUCAACAAAACAAUUCAAUAAAUAAUGAUAUAUUAUCACAACCACCACCAUCUUAUUCAGAAGUAGUAAGGUCGAGAACUGUACACCAUUCGUCUGAUUGUCCUACUCCUCCACGGAUACUUACUAUUAACGAUGGAUUACCAAGCAACCAAAUGGCAAAACAGUUUGAAAUCCCUAAUAGGUCGGUGGACACUAGAGAUAAUGUAUCGAUUCAACAUACCUCGCCUGAAUUACCUCCUUCCAACGAUGGAUUACCAAGUUACGAAACUGCACGGCAGUUUGAAAUCCCUAGUUCGACGGAGGCUGAAGAUCAUUCUUCCACCUUCUUCUAA